AUGACCGACGCUAACAGUUACUUUGCCCAGAGUCGGCUCAUUUGGAGUCCUCAACGACCAGCUUUGACUUCUGUAGAGGCGUUUAGACGAUACGUGAAUAGGAAACAUGGCUUGAAGCUUGAGAACUACCAUGACCUUCACCGAUACUCUGUCCAAGACUACUCAUUUUGGCUGGACCUCUGGGAACAUCUAGGAAUCGUAUCUUCAGUACCUCCGGAUCCUAACCACAUUAUAGACCACCGACUCCUCCCACAAACCCCCAUCUGGUUCCCCAAUGCCCGACUAAACUACGCCGAAAACCUCUUAACCAGACGCGACGACGGGAUCGCUAUCACCGAAGCAGGCGAGAAUGGGGUGGUGAAAGACUACUCCUACAGAGAACUGUAUAGAAGAGUGCAGGAGCUAGCCGCUGCUUUGCGUGCCAAUGGGUUGAAAGUCGGGGAUCGAGUUGCAGGUGCGUGUUCAACUUGGGAGCUCUAUGACUUGGUUCUGAAGGAGAGAACAGCGAUCGUCACCAACUCUAUCAACGCUAUCGUUAUUGCCCUCGCAGUAGCAAGCAUUGGAGGUAUCUUCUCCAGUACUGCAACAGACAUGGGGACGCAGGGUAUCCUCGAUCGAUACAGACAAAUCCAACCAAAAUUUGUCUUCGCCGAAUCUGAAGCCUUCUACGCAGGCAAGACCGUCGACAUGCUUCCCAAAGUCAAAGAAGUUGUAGAAGACCUCAAGAACCACGGGUUGCAACAUUCAGUGUUACUUCCUAGCCGGAUCACCGGGAAGGAGUUGCGCUUGACUGGGGUGUCCAAUUGUCCAGGAAUACAACGAGCUGAUGAGGAUGCCAUUAGUUCAACGCUGUCAGAGUUCGUUCGGACGGGUGGUAAAGCACCGCUUGUUUUCGAGCAGCUGCCGUUCAGCACGCCUCUGUUCAUCCUCUACAGCUCAGGAACGUCAGGAAAGCCAAAAUGCAUCGUACACUCUGCUGGAGGCGUCUUGCUGCAAACCAAGAAAGAAAUCGUUCUAGCUCUGGAUGGCAAUCGCGAUGAUACCUACUUCCAAUAUACGACGACGGGUUGGAUGAUGUGGAACCUCAUGCUCUCAGGGCUUUCCGUUGGCUGUCGGGUUGUCCUUUAUGACGGCUCUCCCUUCCACCCGAACGUUGAAACUUACCUCAAGUUCAUCAAUGACCAAGGGGUCUCGAUAUUUGGUACAAGUCCCCGUUUCCUCGCGGAAGUCCAGGGUCGCGGAAUUGAUCCACCAAAACCACUAACGCAUCCUAAAAUGCCCCACCGCCACACACACACAGAAUCACUUGGCCAUUUCGAAACUCUAAAAACUCUAAGUUCGACGGGAGCAGUCUUAACGCCACCCAUGUUUGAAUGGACGCAGAAGGCAUUCGGUGGGAAGUUCCAUUUGGUUUCGACCAGUGGGGGGACGGACAUUUGUACUGCCUUCGUUACAGGAGCACCUUCUUUACCAGUCUACGCCGGUGAAAUCCAGGCCAAGUCUCUAGGCAUGAAAGUCGAAGUUUUCGAUCCUAGUGGCAACAAUAUGGAACACACGGGACACCCGGGAGAGAUGGUCUGCACUCGACCUCAUGUUUCGCUUCCUGUUGGAUUCUGGAACGAUGAGGGAGGGAAGAAGUUUAUGGAUGCUUAUUUCGGGGUUUACCCUGGUGUCUGGAGACAGGGUGACUUUAUGGUUGUUAACCCUGAAACAAAGGGUAUCAUGAUUCUCGGACGAAGUGACGGCGUCCUGAACCCCAGUGGAAUCCGCUUCGGCUCCGCGGAAAUCUACACCGUCCUCGAAUCCUUCGCGUCCGAAAUCGACGACUCCCUCUGCGUAGGCCAGCGACGCCCGCACGAUAAAGACGAACGCGUCAUAUUGUUCCUCAAGCUACGCCCUGGAAAGAAACUGACAGCCAAGUUGGUCGGUGAAGUUAAAGCGUCUAUCAGGAAGGCACUCAGUGCGCGACAUGUACCCGCGUACAUCUUCGAGAUCGAAGAGAUUCCCUAUACGGUCAAUGGGAAGAAGAUCGAGAUCGCUGUUAAGCAGAUUAUUUCGGGGUCGAAUUUGCAACCAAGUGGGACAGUCGCGAAUCCCGAUUCCUUGAACUUGUAUUACAAGUAUCGGGACAUCGAGAAGGUCGUUGGAGUUGCAAAGGCGAAGCUCUAG